UUGAGCGAUUCUGAAUCAAUCGAUGUGGAGGAAUGUGGAACGGAAAACGUAGUCAGCGUUCGUAUCAUCCAAUCCUCGUUUAAGGCUAUUGUUUCUGAAGCAAUAGAUAAAAUGAUGGGUGCGAAGUUAGUGAUUGAUCGUUAUGGCUUGGAUAGUAACAGCCAAGAAUCCCAAGAACAAAGAACAAGUGACAGCAUGGAACCACGGCUAGGUGAAAAACUUACAGUCCUCAUAAAUGAUAUCUCGAUUUCAAUGAAGAGACUGGAAUACGCCCUUUACAGGGGCACUGCUCAUAAAAAGUGUGAAGGUGCCACUUACACCUACUCCUACAAGUGUGAUGUGAAGGCGUUUGUGAACAGUUUAGCUGCAAAGGAGUCAUUUAAGGCAAGAAUGCUGAGGGACGUGAAAAAAGUUAUCGAUAUCCUGGCUGACCCCGAUUGUGAAGUAAUUCGUCCCAUUGUUGUCGACUACACCCUCAUAGAGGUGGACGAAGGGAAAUAUUGGUCUGUCUCUGAAAGACGGUUCUUGAAGAACACAAUUCCA